CUCUUGGUCCCCUUUUUUUUGGCGGCCUGUGGGUGCAGCGCCUCCAGGCUAUGUGACCCGCAUGAUAGGCUGGCAGCUACCAGUUGACGGCUAUCCUGUCUGUCUAACAGUAGGUAUCUAUCUAGGUAUCUACCCAUCCAGCUAUUGUUUACAUGCGAGUUGGCGAGUCUGCUGGUUGCGACAUGAUGCCAUCAUCCCGCGUUGAUGCAUGCUGCUUCGUCUUCUGUUUCGGCCUCCACUGGCUACUGACUGCUACAGGACCCUAUCGCCUACGACUGCCGCCAGUUUGCCAGUGACAGCUGGAGUUCUCUUUCUUUGACAGCCUACAUACUGGGUGCAUGUACAUGCAUUAACGCACGUAGACUGAUACGUGGUACUCUGAUGUUUGCAAACGUGCCGCCCUCUGUGCCAUGUGUGCAACGUGCGCGCGUGCCGACUUGGUCCAGAAGCACAUGCAGACAGACAGCAGACUGUGGCUCCGUGGCUGUGCAAUAUUGGAUGCUCGUAAAAAUAGCCUCCCUUAUCCACCACCACCGCGACCGCGACCCACCCCGACGCCAAGCCGUACCUUUGUGCACAAUCAGCUAGCCACCUUCAUGGCUGGCUCGGGAGAUCUGAGUCCAUCCAUUUCGCCAUCAUCAUCAUCAUCAUCUCACCAAGAACCGUCAACGUGUGUUGUCCAUCCGGUGGAAUCUUGCGCCACAGCUAUGCAUGUAACAACAGUUGCAUUCUCUCCUAUUCACAGUAUCAUCACUACAUGCUUCAAAUUUCGGGUGCUAUUACCCGCCCACUUUUACAAACCGCUCCGUGUCGCGUGCUUCCGUCAGCCAUCGUGGCUCUUCAAGACAUACGCCCCGCUGACAAAGUCGGCUAUACCCACCCAAACAGGUCAUUCUUCUUCUUUCGCCGAACAGAAUUUGCAUUCAGGAAGCACACUGUCUUAAA